AAUGAGAAAAAUUUUUGUAUUCCAUGCGCUACGCACUUUCUCACCAAUUACACCGUUCAUCACGCCUUUCUUCGUGGAGAAGAAGCAGAUUAAGAACACUUCGUUCCACAACAGUGUCAUUCCGUUCUUCUUCAUUUCCGGCUUUUUGGCCAGUCUUGUUGGUCCGCUAUUCGUUGAGCACUUCGGCGAAAAAAACAUUUUGAUCUGGGACACGGUCCUUGAUCUGAUCUUCCUUGCAUGUUUCUUCAUCAUACCGAACGGUCGGGUCGCUCCGCUCGUUCUGAUUACGUGCAUGCAUGGCGCAAGCUCGAGUCUCAGCCUGCUAACGAAGGGCAUGCUGUAUGCAGAGGGCGGAUCAAGAGAGAAAACGUACAGCACGUUCAAUGUGAUAAAACGCGUGAGCAGCAUUCUCUCGUCGUGGAUCGGUCAGGACCUGUUCUUUGCCUCGUCGGAGUACUCGCCCGCGCUCAUCCUGUCCAUAUUGUCAACCACAUGCUGUCUGGCCACGGCAUUCUUUCUCACCGGAACGGUGAAAAAAGCAGAGAAUACGCUGUUCACUACUGCACGCGUGCUUACGCGUGACUCGUUCACCCGCAAUUACGUAUUUUUCAGCGUGCUCAACAUCAUCGCAUCAACCAUUUACAUAUCGUUUGCGUUCUACUCAGCCAACAUUUUCAUAGAACGGCGAAAAAAUACAAAUCUGGCAAGCAACGUAAUCGGCAGAGUGCUGUACUACGCCUUGCUGCCCUUCCGUGCGCUGAUAUUUCUGUUCAUCAAAGCGCUCUCGCUCGUAAUGCCCAUAAAAUACGAUCCAAAAUACGACGAAGAAAAGCUCAUUUUCGGUUACGUAGACGGCAUCGCCAAGAUAGUAUCUGUGCUGUUCUCCACUCUGCUCACCAGGAGACGCUACGAAACAAGCACUCUUGCAUACAUCUCACUGUUUCUUGUUCUGCUUUCCAUCGUAGCCACCUUCCUCAUGGGUUAUACGUCCACGCUCAUCUCGUCCUAUUUAUGUUAUGUAUUUGGUGCCACACUUUCCAACACGCUGCUAAUGCUUACACAUUCAGGAUUUAACAAAGCACCGCAUCUUCCGACAUUACUUGGCAUCAAUCUCACCAUUUCCAGCGGCAUUCAUAUUGGUAUCAGCUAUUUCAGCAGAUGGAAGAAGAUGAACGCAAACCAAAAGAUGUACCUGUAUUUAGGAUCGUCCAUUGUUUUGUACUUGGUGGCACUUUCAGUGCGAUGGACCAGCUAGAGCAAUUAAACUAGACCUGUCAUUUUAGCA